ACCUUUUUUUUUAUUUUGAUUAUGGAAAAGUAUUCACGUUGGAGAGAUGCAAGUACGGGUAUUCAACCCUUUCUUCCUCCUGUGCCUCCUCGAACAGAUGCAAGUUUGCUUGUCACUCUGUCCAAUGUUGUUCAUUGGACAGUUGGACCUCUUCAAGGUUCAAUAAAACUCAUCUUGAUCAGUCUUGUGUCUGUUGUGUAUGUCUUGUUGAAUGGAUUGAGUGUGUUGCUGACGCCGCUUGGUCCCUUGAAACGAGCAUGGCACACACUUUACUCGACACUUUUAAUUCGACUUAUCUUGUUCCUAAUGGGGUUCUUUUAUAUUAAGAAAGAAACGGUGUCUAUUCGUAAAAGUCGAACUCAUGGAGUAUCACCUCAUGUACAUCAUGGUGAUGUGAUCAUUGCCAAUUGGACUUCUUAUGUAGAUAUCCUCUAUCUUGCCUACAGAUUCAAUCCUGUAUUUACACAGAUCUAUACCGACACAAACAAGGUGCGCAUGAUUUCUUUAUGGGAAGCCAUUCAAUUGACCCAUACAUCACCUGCAUCGAGUGGCCAUGGAUUAUAUACACUGGAAGAACUAGCAAACAAGGCCAAACAACACAAGUGGGGUCCUGUCGUUGUAUUUCCUGAAGGCACCACGACCAAUGGCCGUGCUUUACUCAAGUUUGCACCUGUCUUUACAGACUGCCACAUCGAUGCCAGUCGAUAUCAUAUCAUGGCUUUUAAAUAUGAGUAUGGUACCAUGUCGCCUACAUUCACUGUAGGCAGUCUCUUGAUGCACUUGUUUCGUCUUUGUUCUCAGUUUCAUAACACAUUGAUCGUAAAACAAUUGGCUUCAUUUGAACCCUUGGGUGAAUUAAGUGAUGCCCUCACGACGUCCCUUGGUCAUCUCGCCAAACUAAGAAAGACUAAUCUCGCGUUGACUGACAAACGCGAAUUCUUGUCCUUUUAUCAUUCGAAAAGAAAAUAAAACACCGACUCAAGGUGGUAAAUGCUGAUUGGAUGAUUAUAAGUGAUCUUAAUAAACUCAGGGUUGUCAUAUUUAUAUAGACACAUACACA